AUGUCGGUAAAGAGAAAAGAUGCAGUCGUCCAGAAAGGCAGGACUACCACAGAAAGACGGAUAGAAAGGGAGCCACGAACAAAUGUAGAUGAAGGUGAAUAUCAUAACGAGGCUUCAUCCAAUACCUCUCACACUCCACCUAAUCUAGAAGAGCAAGAGAGGGCUUCACCUCCGGUUCUUAUGCCUCCAGUUCCUCCACCGAGUGCUUCAGGUCUUAAUAGUACGAGUGAUUCUACUAUAGGAGUUUUAAGAAGUCGGUGUCCGUGUGGUAAUAUUGGGUGCUUUAUUAAUGAAGAUGUAGUUGUAGGAUAUACAACAAUUUUACAUGAAGAACUUAGACAAGAAAAUAUUAUUGAUAACACUGAUGGUAGUUUGAAGAGACGCACAGUGUUUAAUAGUGAUGAUGAGACUUAUAAUUGCUAUGUAAAUUUUGCUAAAAGAAAUGGUUUCUUAGUUAGACGAGAGCGCCAUUUGGGAAGUGAAGAACAUCCUAUGGGAAUUUAUAAAAAGGAUUAUGUUUGUCAUCGAGCCGGUAGCCCUCGUCCUGAAAAGAUAGUAGAAAAAGAGCGGCAAAGAGAUCAAAAAUCUUCCAGAUGCAAUUGUAAAGCCAAAAUAUCUAUUGCCAAAGACAUAAUUGACAUGAUCACUCAUUGGACGGUGGUAUGUGUUUAUAAUGUCCACAACCAUGACCUAUUGAGUGAUAAGGAGGAGAGAUUCCUCCCCGCUUAUCGAAAUAUUGACAUUGUUGAUCAAAAGCGGAUUACACUUCUUGUGAGAGCCGAUUAUUCCAUGGGUUUAAUAAGAAGGGUGCUUGAAUUAGAAAAGGGAGUAGAUCCAGGCCAAUUGCCUUUUACGAAAAAAUAUAUAAGGAACUUUGUUCAAUCAAAAAGUUCUACCAAUAUUCAAAGUGAUGCACUGGAGCUACUAAAAAUAUACAAGAGUUUGAAAGACAAAGAUGGUGAUUUCCAAUAUGAUUUCAUAGUUGAUGCAUGUCAAAUACUCGAACAUAUCAUUUGGGCAUUUGGAGACUCCAUUCGUGCUUAUGAAAUUUUUGGAGAUAGUUUAUUGCGACUUAUGAAUGGAAAGCACCCACAAACUAUACUAACAAAUCAAGAUCUAGGCUUAACAGAAGUUAUUUCCAAUGAAUUGCCGCACACCAAACAUGCAUUUUUCAUAUGGCAUAUUACAUCCAAGUUCCCCACUUGGUUUUCUUUUGUCCUUGGUUCAAGGUAUUUGCGAUUCAAAUCUGAAUUUCAUAGGCUUUAUGAACUUGGCAGCAUUGAAGAAUUUAAGCACCAAUGGGAUGUAUUGAUUUCUCAGUUUGAUCUUGGAUCGGAUCGGCAUAUCAAGUUGUUAUACAUAAAUUGUGCAUCAUGGGCAUUGCCUUAUUUGAAGGGGUACUUUUUUGCUGGAAUGACAACGACUGGACGCUCGGAAUCUAUUAAUGCAUAUUUGAAAAGAUUUUUACAUGCAAGAACAUGUUUAAAAGAAUUUGUUGAGCAGGUUGGGACUGCGGUCAGCAUAAGAAAUCAUGCUAGUGAAGAGGCAACGAUGCGACAAAAGUAUUAG